UGGUAGUCAAUCGCGUGUUUCGCUGUGGUUUAACCUGAUCGGCGGUUCGUGUACCAAAGAAGAAAAAAAACAAUAACAAACGAGAAAAAGUUCACUCCCCGUAACAAUCGUACUCAAAGCAACAAUGGAUCGUGAUGUCUGAGCCUCGGUGAAUUACGUGCAAAAAUAGUCGGGUUUAUGCGGGGGUGAAUGUGACUGUGAACCUGCAAAUAUGUGUUCAACCGAUCUUUGAAUGUGUGUGCGAUCGGCAGACACGAAAAAUAUGGCCCAAGAGACGGACGACAUAAAUCUCACUCCCCAGGAGUUGCAGAUUCUGUCGGAAUUGGACAGCCGGCAAUUCGGCUUCCUAAAGCUCAAUGCUCUUGAGCAAACGAAGAAAAAAUCCCUGGUGGUGCGUGCAAUAAAGUAUCUGGAGAGAAUGCUCGUCCAGGCUCAAUCUGAGAAGCAAAAAAGAAGGGCUGAUAGCACUAAAGGAGGCUACGACGAGUCUAAAGAUGAUGAUGAGGACAAGGGGAUCAGCAUUGACCCCAAAACGUACUGCAAGCUCGGCCACUUCCAUCUGCUCCUCGAGGAUUACCCUAAAGCAAUGUCAGCGUAUCAAAAAUUUUAUGCGCUCAAGGGGGAUCACUGGAAGGAUGCGUCCUUUCUCUACGGGCAGGGGCUCGUCUAUUUCCACUUCAAUGCCUUCCAAUGGGCUAUAAAAUCCUUUCAACAAGUACUAUGGGUGGAUCCAGGAUUUCCCCGCGCCUGCGAAGUGCAUUUUCGCCUCGGUUUUAUGCUCAAAGUCCAUGCUGACUUUGAAGCAGCAUUAAAACACUUGACGUUAGCGCUCAUCGACGCCAGUACACCGGCCUCGUUUUCAAAGCUCGAGAUAAAAUUUCAUAUCGCCCAUCUGUACGAAGUCCAGGGUAAAUACCGCCUAGCGAAGGAGAACUACGAGACACUUCUGAAGGAGAAGGCCCUACCGUCACACCUGAAGGCUGAUAUCUGUCGUCAGCUAGGAUGGAUGUACCAUGUGGUUGAUUGUGCAGUGCUCGGUGUAACCAGACAGCAGAAACAGGCGUUUGCUAUUCACUGUUUGCAGAGGUCCAUUGAAGCUGAACCGAAGAGUGGACAGAGUUUGUAUCUAUUGGGGAGAUGUUUGGCUGCUUCUGGAAAGGUUCAUGAUGCCUUUAUUGCAUACAGAAACUCGGUUGAGAAGUCCGAAGGCAAUGCAGACACCUGGUGCAGCAUAGGUGUCCUCUACCAGCAGCAGAAUCAGCCUAUGGAUGCACUUCAAGCCUACAUAUGCGCAGUACAAUUGGAUAAAUCUCAUUCAGCAGCUUGGACGAAUCUUGGAAUUUUGUACGAGAGUGUCAGUCAGCCGAAAGACGCCCUUGCCUGCUACGUCAACGCAUCCAGGGGAAAUAAUAAUACGCCGUGUUCGCCGAGUCCGCUGGCAGGACUUGGAGGCGCCAAGUCGAGUGGCAACGCUCCGAUGAACCCAUCUCUUCAGCAGCGAAUUAAUUUCCUCCAGAGCCAUCUGAGUCAAGCACCAAUGCCAUCAAUAGCAGCUAAAAGACGGCAACUGCCGUCGAUCGAAGAAGCGUGGAAUCUGCCGAUAAGCGCAGAGAUGUCGUCCCGUCAGCAGCAGCAGCAACCGCCCCCGAAUACCCCAGGCUACAAAUACGCAACGCCACCAGCCGGCCCACCACCUCCCUAUCCCCAGAAUCAACAGCAGAACAUUAAUAAGCGCUUCAAGCCUGAGGAUCAACUUUCACCAGGAGCUGCCCAGCCUCAGCCCCAGCAGCGUCCACCUCCGUUCUACCUGAAUCCCCAACAGCUCCAGAUGCUUCAGUUCCUCCAGCAGAAUCACGGAAAUUUGUCGCCUCAGCAGCAGGCGCAUCUCCAGCAAUUGCAGUUGCAGUACAGGUCGAUGCAGCAGCACCAGCAGCAAUUGAGAUUACAGCAGCAGGCUGCGCUGCAGCGAGGAUUGAGACCAGGCCAGCCAGGUUUCCCCACGGGUUACGGUCCCCCCCAGCCGCCGCAGCCAGGCGUGAUAAAGAGCUACGGCAUUCCCCCCCAGCCCCAAGGUGGUACAGUGGCCCUGCAAACGGGUUUCACCGACUCCACCACAUCCUACAACACCCCAGCGACGGGAAAUGCCCAGUCAACCCCAGGUAUGCCGUACAAAUCAGCCUCAGACCAGACCUUCCCCCGUCCCCAGUUCUCCACCUACCAAUCCAACCAGUACGCAGCCCAGGGCUACACCCAGAUCACCUCCACCACGAGUAGCUAUCCAGAGGGUGCAGCAGGCAACAAAGACCUCGGAGUAACUGACCAGGAGUUGACAGCACUCCUCUCCCAGAAGGACAUAGCCCGCUCCCUGGCUGAGGACCUCCUCAAGCACUUUGGCUCUGAGGACCUUGACCCAAAGCACACCCCGAAGCCCCCAAUAAUGAACAACGGAACCCUCUCCUCAGGGCCCUUCUCCCCGUCAAACCUGGACGACGAUAAAAUCAAGGAUGUCAUCAAAGAGGUCAAGUCCGAGAAGCUGGACCCCUCGGAGAAGCCCUCGACCCCCAAGCCCCACCCCACGGAGACGAUAAAGUGCGAGGCAACCUCCAGCACCAACAAGAUAGACUCCCGCCCUGAGCCCGUCCUCAAGCUGGAGAGACUCUGCGAAACCCCAGUGGAGCCAGAGUUCUCCAUCGACAUGAACGCCAAAACAGUGAUCGAGACCUGCAGGGGUCAGGGCCUCAAGGGUGUCCCCAACUGCUCGAUAUUAUCGGACAGAUCACCACCUCCAGCCCCUCCAGACGCCCCCUCCCAACGUCUGACGAAGGAGCAACUUUCCCCACCAGCGCCAAGUGUCUACCUUGAGAACAAGAAGGACGCCUUCAGUCCCCAGCUCCAGGAGUUCUGUCUGAAGCAUCCGAUAGCUGUAAUCAGGGGUCUGGCAGCUGCUCUCAAGCUCGAUCUCGGCCUCUACUCCACGAAGACACUGGUCGAGGCGAAUCCAGAUCAUGGGAUUGAGGUGAGGACGCAGAUGCAGCAGACGAGCGAUGAAAAUUGGGAUCCAACGCAGGCGAAGAAGGUCUGGGGGUGCAUUAGCCACAGGAGUCACACGACAAUAGCAAAGUAUGCGCAGUAUCAGGCGUCCAGCUUUCAGGACAGCCUUCGAGAGGAGCGGGACAAGGCGCAGGGAAUACACUCGGCAAAUCUCUCUGAUUCGGAUUCAAAGGAUUCGACGGGCGUUGUUAAACGCAAGAAGAAUGCCUAUGGAUUGCCCGGACGACCGGGAUCGAAAAUGCUGAGAUUUGGAACUAAUGUUGAUCUGUCGGACGAACGUAAGUGGAAGUCUCAGCUACAGGAACUCAUGAAACUGCCCGCGUUCGCCAGGGUUGUGUCCGCUGGUAAUAUGUUGAGUCAUGUUGGACAUGUUAUCUUGGGUAUGAACACGGUGCAGUUAUACAUGAAGGUGCCAGGUAGCAGGACUCCCGGACACCAGGAGAAUAAUAAUUUUUGUUCGAUUAAUAUUAAUAUUGGACCUGGGGAUUGCGAGUGGUUCGCUGUGCCUGAUGCCUACUGGGGGGUCAUUCAGGCAUUGUGCGAGAGGAAUAAUAUUAAUUAUCUUCAUGGGAGCUGGUGGCCGUCUCUCGAGGAUCUGUAUGAGGAGAACAUUCCGGUUUAUAGGUUUGUGCAGAGACCUGGGGAUCUCGUGUGGGUGAAUGCUGGUUGCGUUCACUGGGUGCAGGCUGUGGGGUGGUGUAAUAAUAUCGCGUGGAACGUGGGCCCGUUGACGGCUAGGCAGUACCAGCUGGCUAUCGAGAGGUAUGAGUGGAACAAGCUGCAGAGCUUUAAGAGCAUUGUACCCAUGGUGCAUCUCUCGUGGAACCUUGCGAGGAAUAUCAAAGUGUCGGAUCCCAGACUGUUUGAGUUGAUUAAGAAUUGUCUGCUGAGGACUAUGAGGCACUGCUGUUUGAUCCUGGAGUUCGUCAAGAACAAGGGGGUCGAGGUGAGGUUUCAUGGACGCGGGAAGAACGAGGCUUCCCAUUAUUGUGGACAGUGUGAGAUCGAAGUCUUCAACAUCCUCUUCAUCCGAGAACAGGAGAAGCGUCACGUUGUCCACUGCAUGGAUUGUGCCCGUAAGCAGUCGCCCUCACUGGAGGGUUUCGUAUGCCUCGAGGAGUACCGAAUGCGUGAGUUGAUGGAGGUCUACGACGGUUUCACUCUGCACACGUCAAUCUCCCCAGCCCUGGCGGUGGCUCAAUCAAGCCAGGCCUCCUGAGGCUACAUGCAGCACAGAUACCUGGAUUACCUGGGGACACUUCAGUGAAACCAACGAUCCAACGGGAAUUCACCUGGAUAUCUGUGUUGUGAGAGUGCUUUUGUACAAAAACUUGACUAUUUUUUUCGUAAAAAUGAACGAAAUAUUGUUCGGAUCCCAGGGGAUUCCCAGGACCAUUUUGAGCUCGACAAUGUCCCUUUUAGUUAGAUACAUUUGUACAAAAGUUUAUUAGCUUAAUUAAUCAGGACCCGGCUCGAGAUUGAUGGUCACUCACAUCGUUUCGCAUUCUCUGGGAACUGAACGUCAGGGGAUCUUGAGCGAGAGUUUUAUUCGCCGAAUGAACGGUGAAGUAUUACUCGAUAAGGGGAGACUACUAUGAGGUUUCAAAGUCGCGGGCCAUUUGAGUAAGAUUUCGCAGGCAUUGAAGAUCGAUUAUGUGUGUCUAAAAACAAAUAAUUAGUGGAAAAAAAAUAAUUGUUUGUUGUUCGAUUGCUACAGCGGUUUUUUUGUUAACAUUUUGGAAAUAAUGUGUACAAUAACAAUUAGGAAUGAGUUUUUUGAAAUUCGACUCCCACGCAGCUAAUUUUGUUUUGUUUAAUAUAAAAAUUUUCAUCAUUCAUUGAAAAUCGGCAGAAAAUUGUCCUUUAAAUAUUUAAAACGUAUUCUCAUUUCUUUCGGAAUGAAUGAAUUGAGUAAUUAUUUAAAAAAUUACGAAAUUAGUUGUGUAGGAGUUGAAUUUAAAGGAAGUAAUUCGUAAU